CUCUCUCUCUCUCUCUCUCUUCUCUCUCAUGCACCAAAUUACACAAUGAGAUGUAUAUAUUUAUACAAAAUAUUUCAGAAGCACCAACUUGAAAAAAAAAAAAGGAAUUUUGGCUGGGGAAUAAACUUUUUUUUUUCCAAGAAGCGAAAUUGGUUUCUCUCACCUCCGCAAUGGUGGACUGAGAGAAGCCAAAGGGCACCGCACAGGCGGAGACAGGUAUAAAGAAGCCAAGACUUCUUACCCCAUCAUCCCAUAAAAGGAGGAGGGAGGAAGAAGGGAGGGAGGGAGACAGUACUGCUGAAGAAGAAAGACAAAGUACACUAACAAAGAAAGGAGGACAGAAAAGGAGCCUUUUUUAUUUUCUUUUGCUUGAUCUUCUUUUCUGUCCCAACUUAUAUCCGAAAGUUCCCUCUUUUGCUUGUGCUAACUGAAAAUAUUUUAGUAGAAGACGAGCUUUCAGCUAUGUUGGGCUCUGCUUCUCCCUCAAUUGAUGUUGAGGACGAAUAUGAGAAGCUUGUAAUCCGAAUGAACCCUCCAAGGGUUUCAGUGGAUAACAAUAGCACCAAGAGAGCCACCUUAAUAAAGGUGGAUAGUAUUAAUAAACCUGGGAGCUUGUUGGAAGUUGUGCAGGUCUUGAUUGAUUUGAAUCUAACAAUCAAAAGGGCUUACAUUUCCUCUGAUGGAGAGUGGUUCAUGGAUGUUUUUCAUGUUGUGGAUCAAGAUGGGAAUAAGCUCUAUGAUAGUGAAGUCAUUGAACUAAUUCAGCAGUCACUAAGCUCAAAAUCAUCCAGCUUCAGAUCCCUGAGGCAGUCAGUAGGAAUCCAAACUGAUUCAAAGCACAUUGCAAUCGAAUUGAUCGGCAGAGAUCGGCCGGGCCUUCUCUCAGAGAUAUUCGCCGUCCUCACUGACCUGAGAUGCAACAUUGUGGCUGCUGAAGUCUGGACUCACAAUUCUAGAAUGGCUUCUGUGGUCUACAUCACUGAUGAAGCCACCGGAGGACCCAUCGAUGACUCUGACCGCCUAGCAAAAAUCAAGCAGCUGCUUCGCUUCGUGCUGAAGGGAAACAAGGACAAACAAAGUGCCAAAACUUCAAUCUCUAUUGGCAUGACUCACACCGAGCGGCGGCUGCAUCAGAUGUUGUAUGAUGAUCGUGACUAUGAUCGGAAUGAUUCGUCGGUCGCCGAUGAUGUCAGGGAUGACAAAAUCAAGAUUGUUGUGACUGUGGAGAACUGUAUUGAUUGGGGGUAUACUGUGGUUUAUGUUAGGAGCAAAGAUCGGCCCAAACUGCUUUUUGAUACGGUGUGCACUCUUACAGAUAUGCAGUAUGUUGUGUUCCAUGCCACUGUUAUUUCUGAAGGUCCAGAAGCUUAUCAGGAAUACUACAUCAGACAUAUUGAUGGCUGUCCUGUGAGCUCCGAAGGAGAGAAACAAAGACUGAUUCAUUGCUUAGAAGCUGCAAUAAGAAGGAGAAGCACAGAGGGUUUAAGGCUCGAGCUCUGCAGCGAGGAUCGAAUAGGACUGUUAUCCGACGUCACGAGAAUCUUCAGAGAGAACGGGCUUUCGGUUAUUCGAGCUGAGGUUUCGACGAGGGAGUCUCAAGCCAUGAAUGUGUUCUAUGUAACAGAUGCAGCAGGGAAUCCAGUUGAGAGCCACAUAAUUGAAGCUGUGAGGAAUGAGAUAGGUGAAACAGUGCUGCAUGUGAAGGAUGGAGAAGGCUCCAAAUCUCCAUUGCAGGACAGUGGAAGAUUCUCUCUUGGAAAUCUUUUCAGAUCUCGGUCUGAGAAAUUUCUUUGUAAUUUGGGUUUGCUAAAGUCCUCCCCUUAAUUAUUGUUAAUUAGGGUGAUUAAGGCAUAAGCUGCUCAUUAAUUAGAGUAUGAUUAUGAGGUUAGUGAUGCUCAACUUGAUGUUGAUCAGGGCUUAGUUGAUUCUGUACAUAUCUGUGAAGCAAAUUAAGUGGUUCUGUCACUGCAAAUUAGUUUUUUUU